AUGAAUAUUAAGGAUUAUUUUGAAAGAAUUUGUUACAAAGGUUCCCAGGACAAAAUAGACUUGGAAACCUUAACUGAGGUUUUUCAACAUCACAUCCAUGCAGUGCCCUUUGAAAAUCUCAGCCUCCACUGUGGCGAAACCAUUCAGUUGGAUUUAGAAUCAGUGUAUGAUAAAAUUGUGAAGCACAAUCGUGGUGGAUGGUGCUUGGAAAACAACCAACUUCUGUUUUGGGCCUUCCAGAUCAUGGGCUACAAAGUUGAUCUUUUAGGUGCUCACGUUUAUGACCCAGAGCGAAAGGCCUACUAUCCAAAUUUCACUCAUCUUUUGAUCAGAGUCAUUCUUGAAGGUAAAACCUACAUUGUUGAUGGUGGUUUUGGGACGGAUUAUCAGAUGUGGCAACCGAUGGAGUUGAUUUCUGAGAAGAACCAACCUCAGACCCCAGGAAUCUUCUGCUUCACGGAGAAGGAUGGAGUGUGGUACCUUCACAAAGUGAAGCGCAAGCAAUUCAGGAUGGAUUCCGAGAACAAAAUUCUCUGCUCUGAUGUUGUAAAAAACAUGAGCUGCAAGAACAUUUACUUCUUUACCUUGCAACCAAAGACAAUAGAUGACUUCCAGCCGGCCUGUUUACAACUCCAAACUGAUCCAAAUUCUAUGUUUUUAAGGAAGUCUGUCUGUAGCCUCCAGACUACGGAUGGAGUUCUAGUUUUGAUUGGGUGGGUGCUGAUUGAAACCAAAUAUAAGGAUGACAUGGAUCUAGUAGUAAGCAAGGUCCUGACAGGUGAAGAAGUGCCGAAAAUACUGAAGGAGCGAUUCAAGAUUCAGCUGGACAAAAGGUUUGUCCCGCUUAACACCUGUUCAGUACACAGGUUUUAA